AUGACGGAGUACAAGCUCGUUGUGGUUGGAGCUGGUGGUGUUGGCAAAAGUGCAUUGACAAUUCAACUUAUUCAAAACCACUUUGUAGAAGAAUAUGAUCCUACAAUAGAGGAUUCUUAUAGAAAACAAGUUGUUAUUGAUGGGGAAACAUGUUUAUUAGAUAUAUUGGACACAGCUGGCCAGGAAGAAUACAGUGCUAUGCGGGACCAGUAUAUGAGGACAGGGGAAGGUUUUCUAUGCAUAUUUGCUGUUAAUAAUUGUAAAUCUUUUGAAGAUAUAAACCAAUACAGAGAACAGAUCAAAAGAGUUAAAGAUGCAGAUGAAGUCCCGAUGGUUUUGGUAGGUAACAAAGUUGAUCUAUCGUCAAGAACUGUAGAUACUAAGUCUGCAAAAGACAAAGCAGACUCAUACUGUAUUCCAUACGUUGAGACAUCUGCAAAAACUCGUCAAGGAGUUGAUGAUGCUUUCUUUACAUUGGUCAGGGAAAUUAGAAAAUAUGUUAGUUUUCUAUUCAAAUGA